AUGUCAAAAUCAUUUUCAUCUUCAAGUAUCUUUGUAGUGCUGUUAUUAUUUUUAAUACUAUCUGGUUACUCGCUGUGUGACUCUGACAAAGGUCCAAGAAGAAGUCGGCGUAUCUUGGACGAACGUCAACAUCUUCGCGAUAUUUUGCAAGAGCUACAAAAAAAAAUUCGGCUGUAUUCCUAUGCAAUUGAUCGAUUUAACCAGAAUACAAACAGAGAUUUAACACAACUAAAACAAAAUAUUGUUAAAGGAAAAAAAAAUGAAAAACGUCAAGUUAUCGGAGAAAAUUCUUUGAGUGAUUGCUUCCAACUUCGUGAAAAAUGCAUUUAUAUGAUCCAUUUAAUCAGAUCUAAUGUGCAAGCAGCCGAAAUCGCAUUAGCUAACAUCAAGGAUGUGAUCUGGAGAUUCCAGCUUCUUGAUCCAAGUACAGGAGGCUUGGUGAAGUGUCUCCAGUGUUCUCAGUAUGAGCAGGAUACCCCGAUCCCAUUACCAACAAGUUUGUAUCCCGCUGACAUCACCGCUCCCGAAUAUACUAUUUCUGAUUAUUAUAGCUAUUAUAUCCCACCUUACUACAGUAAUCCAAACUCUAAAAAUAAUCCUGCUACUAACAACAAUAAUUAUCAAAACCUUUACACUGCUCCUGAAGCUUACGGUAGUCCUAAUACUUUAGAAAAUAUAUAUUACAAUAAUCAACCGAAUUUUUAUAUCCCGAAUCUUAAAAACAAUCCGAUUUCUUAUCGCGUUCCUUAUUAUAAUAAUAAUAAUUCCAAUUACCAAUUUCAAAAUCUUCAUUCUCAAAAUAAUCAUAGUAUUGCUAUUGGAGCUGAUAAAAAUUCAAAUCUUAACUUCGGCUCAGGUUUGAAAGUGGUAGAUAGAAUGACGACUCGUGAUACCAAAAACAAGAAUAAUAUCAAGCAGAAUUUCAGUGAUAAAGCGAUAAUUAUUAAGGACCCUUCGAUUUUAAAGACAUCACAGUUUUCUUUAUUGAAAGAAGAGACUAACCAAGGAAUGCAAUCACGAGAAUCGACUAGCUUAUCAUCAAAGUCGACGGAGGAUAGCAAUUCUGUGUCACCUUUCAUGUGUUAUUGGCCUUCUGUAUGUUUUUUCAAUCAAGUCUCAGGUCAACAAGUCCAGGCUCCUGAAUCAGCAGCUAUCGAUUCCUUCCCGUUGGUUUCUCGUAAUUUAUUAUCAUGGAAUCCAGCCAAUUUGGGUCCAAAUUUUGGAGAUUACAACCCGUUUAUUUCAUCAAAAAUCCCUGGGCCUUGUCCACAGUUUUUCGGACCUAGUGAACUUGUAGAAAAUCUUGAAGGUCACAGUACAGUUAAUCAACCAGUUAUAUAUUCUCAUAUUCCACCCUAUGAUUUUCAAGAAAAAUCUGGAUAUCGUGAUUCUGGUAAACAAGAAAACAAGGAAACUGAUCCAAGAACUGAGUUAAAAAAUCGAGAAUACCACUUUUAUAAAAGUGCCGAACAGACAACCGAAGUAUUUAUCAACAAGAGUGAUGAAGCUACUCCAGGUGAGGUUAUCGAGGAAGUAGUGGUAAAAAAUGUUAACAGUCCAAAGGCAGCUGAAAAGCCAAUUGAUAGAGAAAAUUUAUAUGGAACUGUAACUUCGAUUUAUCCAGAUGAAAUCAGUUCAAGUAACCAGAAUGAGACAGACCUCAAUACAACUUUGAGAAAUAAAGAAAACGUCACGGAUGACACAGGAGACGCAGUAAAUGAGAUGUCAGAAAGCAGUACCAGCAGAUAUGAUUAUGACAGUAAUAUCCUGGAGAUCGACGCAAGAACACAUAAAGAUGACACACUAACUAAAGCUUUUAAUGACACAUGGAAAUUGAGCGAAAACGACAAUGAUUUUGUUUGCUCCAAUAUAACUCAAGUUGUUUCGAGGCUUCUUAGAUGCGACAAAAAAUUCGACUGUGAAGACGGAACAGAUGAACUUGAUUGUAAGUGUAUUGAUAUUUUGACCAUCAAACACCCUCUAUCGAUUUGUGAUGGGCGUAUCGAUUGUGCGGAUAAAAGCGACGAACUCUAUUGCAAUGAUAUGAGUAAUAGCCAGGACACUUAUCUCUGUUCUCGGAGUGCUGUUUUCAUUUCUGCAGAGAAGAACAAACACGAAUCAGCUAGCUUCCACUACGUUGACGAAAAAAUAUUGGACGUCCAUCCAAGCUCAGAAAUCAGUUCGAUAACUUUCAACCGCAGAGAAGUUCUUAAAAAUAUUUCACCAAAAGAUUCUGGUGCUGUGAUGUGCCACGCUCUUUACGUAGACUGCUCAAUGAAUUUUAACAAACCCGUAUAUGAUUACUUAUACAAAAGCAACUUGACUAAUAAUGAAACAUAUUUAUUACCGUGGGAACCGGCCAUUUUCGUGGACGGUAAAUACCAUUGCCCUGCGUUGCUAUUAAACACCGAAUGGGCUAUGGCUUCUUCACACUGUACAAAUGAUAUCAACCUCGACAAAAAUAUCACUGCCAUUAUAGCAGGGUUGUCGAUGCCUCAUCGAUAUGUAGACGGACCUCAUCAGCAAACCAGGAUGGUGAAUCACAUCGAGAACCUUGACCAAUUUCACACUAGUUUAUUGCACUUUGAUAAGUUACCUGUAACUCGUUACAUCAAACCAAUAUUUAUCAAUAAUAGGCCAUUAGCUGCUACAGAAGGAGAGUACUGCCAAGCUACAGGAGUCAAUAAGAAGUUGGAGAAAAAGUCUGUAGGAUUUGAUGGAGUUGUUAAAGAUUGUCCAUUCUGCAAAAGAUGUUUCAGAGACUUAUUGAGAAAUUGGUGCCCUAAAAAUGGAACCAUGGAAAAAUGGAGUGGAUUCAUAUCAUGUCACAAUUCUCGUGGGUGGUAUCCAGCAGCUGUUUUCCAUGAAAAAGACAUUCUUUGUGAAUUCGAAAACCCCCAGGCACUUAUCGGGAUCGACGAAAUGCUUCCUCAUUUAACAAAAAUCAUGAGUAGGACAGUAAUCAAUGAAAAUAACUUCAAACUUCCAAAUGCGCAGUGCGAUGCUGAUGGUAUGAAAUGUACUGAAGGUAAAUGUAUUCCAUUUGAAAGAAUUUGUAACGGUAUCCAAGAUUGUCGAGACGGAUCCGAUGAAAAUGAAGACAACUGCCUUAGGAAAAAAGACUACUGCAAUGAUUUAGUGGAGGAUGAACCUAAUAAUCCUUUGUGUGACAUAAGAUGUUCUACCCGCCAGUUAAGAUGCAAAAAUGGUGACUGCAUAUCGAAAGAUUUGUUUUGUGAUGGCUACGCCGAUUGCGGAGACGGCAGUGAUGAACCAUUGGGCUGCAGUUGCAGAGAUUACCUUCGUCUAACAUCACCACAUCGUCUAUGCAAUAAGGUUCGAGACUGUUUCGACAAAUCUGAUGAAGCUCAGGAGUAUUGUGGUUGUUCAAAUGACCACUACGAAUGUUCUAAUAGUACUAGGGCCGAUGAAGAGAAACAGUGUAUUCCUUACGACUUUGUGUGUGACGGUCAUAAAGAUUGUCUUCACGGAGAAGACGAGUUUUCCUGCAGGAUGGUACAAAGUGCUGAUGACACCCUUGGCGCAGGAAGGGUGUUGAAACGCCAACUUGGAGUCUGGUUUGACGAAUGCUUCUCUCAUCCAAUCAAUUCUGACCGACAAGCUUCAAUAAUAUGCACAACGAUGGGAUACUCCGGCGGUGUGCUUCUGGACGAGAAAUCUCGUAGUGCAUAUCCACCCCCGCAGACUAUACACGAAGCUCCAUAUUAUACUAUAAACUUAAAUGGCAUGGCUUUUAUCAUUCUCAAAGAUGAUGUACCAUCCGCUACUUUAGUGACUCAACAUAAUGAGUGCAAUCGUGCUUUUGUUAAAUGCUUUCAUUAA